AUGGGUGUCGGUCGCCGUAUGAAGAAGCAGGGCCCUCCGGCCCCGCUCGACGAGUCAAAAAUUACAAUGCUUAAGAAACGCAAGGCUGGCGGGGCUGAGGCGCCUCCGAAGCCUGCACCAGCAAAGCGUCGCAGAUCUGACGCCGAUGAGGCUGCCUCGAAAAAGGAAGUCCCAAAGAAGAAGAAGGUCAAUGGUGCUACUCCCAAGGCCGAUUCCAAGGAAUCUAAGAAGCAACCGUCGGCCACAAAGAAGGCCGUGCCUGUGCCUGUGCCUAUGUCUGAUGAUGAUGAGGAUAUGGAAGAUGAUGAUGAGUUCGGUGAUCUUGAUGGAAUCAGUGAAGGCUCAAUGGAUAGCGACGAUGAGGUUGAAGGACUGUCAGACCUAGAGGAUGACAACUCAGUUGUCGAUUCUGACGAGGAGGGCCACACCCGUGGAGCCAUGUUCUCCGACGACGAGGACUCCGAUGCCGAAGAGAGAUUGACCGCCGCAAACAUCGAGGGUCUGUCGCGGAAGGAAGCUGCUCUGCAGACCAACAUCGCUGCACCCGAUGUGUUUGCCGACCAAACCCAGCAGGGACUCGCUCCCGAUCUGCAGCUGCUUCGCCAACGCAUCACAGACACCAUUCGAAUCCUGGGUGACCUGAAGACCCUCGGCCUGCCCGGUAAGUCGCGUACCGACUAUAUCGAUCUCCUGCUCGACGACAUCUGCACAUACUACGGCUACACUCGAUUCCUGGCCGAGAAGCUGUUCAACCUGUUCACCCCCAGGGAGGCCUUUGCCUUCUUCGAAGCUAACGAGACUCCUCGACCUGUCGUAAUCCGUACCAACACUCUACGAACCAACCGCCGCUCCCUCGCCCAGGCCCUCAUCAACCGUGGUGUUGUCCUCGAGCCCGUUGGCAAAUGGUCCAAGGUUGGCCUGCAAGUUUUCGAGUCUCCGGUUCCCCUGGGUGCCACCCCCGAGUACCUCGCCGGUCACUAUAUUCUCCAGGCUGCCUCUUCUUUCCUUCCCGUCAUGGCUCUCGCACCCCAGCCUAAUGAGCGUGUCCUCGAUAUGGCCUCUGCCCCCGGUGGUAAGACAACAUACAUGUCUGCCCUGAUGCGCAACACUGGCUGUGUCGUCGCAAACGAUGCCAGCAAGCCCCGUGCCAAGGGUUUGAUUGGUAACAUUCACCGUCUCGGCUGCAAGAACACCAUUGUGACGAACAUGGAUGCCCGCACUGCUUUCCCCAAGGCCAUGGGUGGCUUCGAUCGUGUUCUGCUUGAUGCUCCUUGCACCGGUACUGGUGUCAUCUCGAAGGAUCCCGGUGUUAAGACCUCCAAGAACGAGCGUGAUUUCCUCGCUAUUCCCCACAUGCAGCGCCAGCUUCUUUUGGCUGCAAUUGAUUCCGUUGACCAUGCCUCCAAGACCGGUGGAUAUGUUGUCUACUCUACUUGCAGUGUGACGGUGGAAGAGAACGAGGCUGUUGUGCAAUAUGUGCUUCGCAAGCGUCCCAAUGUCAAGAUCGUGGACACCGGUCUUGGUAGCUUCGGUAGCCCUGGAUUCCUCAGCUAUAUGGGCAAGACUUUCGAUCCCAAGAUGGCACUCACCCGCCGUUACUUCCCUCACCGCGAGAACGUUGACGGUUUCUAUGUCUGCAAGCUCAAGAAGACUGCCGUGACCCCUGUGGCCAAGUCGGAUGAUACCGAACCCCGUUCCAAGGGUCCCAAGAAGUCUCGUAGUGUUUCUUCAGCUGCCUCCACGGACGACGAGUCCAUUGACAAGACCCCAAUUGUUGAUGAGAAUGGACACGCCGCUGAUUUCGAGGGUGGCGCUUUCAGCUCAUUCGAGGAUCCCGAGGACGUUGAGCGUAUCGCUCGUGCCGAGCGCAACCGUCUGCGUCGCAAGGGUCUCAACCCUAAGGGUGUUCUGAACAAGCCCAAGAAGAGCAAGGUAGAGGUGUCAGAGAAGACAACCGAAACGGUGACGCCAAGCCAGGAAGAAGAGACCAAGACCGUUGGCUCAAAGAAGACUGUGGUUAAGGAAGAUAAGAAGCCUGCCAGCAAGGCCAAGGAGGAGAAGAAGACUGCGACCAAGGGCAAGGUUGAGAAGAAGGAUAAGAAGUCGGCCAAGAAGGCUAGCAAAUGA